AUGGAACCGAUGGCUCUUCCAAAUGUUUCCAGUGAAAGCCUUCAUUAUAUCAUUCGUUGGUGUGAACAACACCGCGACUGUCCGGCUUGGCAAGAAGAGAAAUGGUGGGAAAACAAACGCGAUGCUGAGUUGACGAAAUGGGAGAAAGAAUUCAUGGCCGAGCUGACUUCCGAGACUUCCGAGGCGCUUCACGAUGUUUACUUGGCCGCCAACUACAUGGACAUCAAGUGCCUUCUCGAUAAAUGCGCUCAAACAAUCGCCGAUAUGAUCAAGGAAAAAUCUCCGGAAGAGAUCCGCGAGAUUUGGGGAGUGGAGAACGACUUCACUCCCGAAGAGGAAGAGGCAUUCAAGAAUGAGGACCCCUGGAAGGUGAUUUUUGACUAUCAAGAGAGACUCGAGAAAGAAGAGGAAGCAGCCGCUGAACAAGGAUCGUCGUUGGCUCAAGCC